AUGGCCAGGUCUAAUGCUAGGUUGGUCAGGUUUGCGUUCUUUGCACUCCUUCUAGUUCUUUCCGCUUACAUUCUCUCCAAGGGAUCCUCCACUUCGUACUCUGUCUCCAAUGUAACAGGGAGUAACACCACCAGCACCAAUGAGAAGGCUCCUGCGCCGGGCAAGAAGAUCACAGCCAACACAGAUGGCACCUCUUCUGCUCAAGAACAGGCGAAGAAGGCUGGUCAAUCGGGAGAAAAAGUCAAGGCUGCAUUUGUCACUUUGGCUAGAAACUCUGAUGUUUGGGAAAUCUUGGGCUCAAUCAAACAAAUUGAGGAUAGAUUCAACAGAAACUUUGCUUACGACUGGGUCUUCUUGAACGAUGAAGAGUUCUCUGAGGAAUUCAAGAAGGAAACCUCUAGGUUGGUUUCAGGUAAUACCCAUUAUGGUUUAAUUCCUCAAGAACAAUGGUCGUUCCCAAGCUGGAUCGAUACAGAAAAAGCUGCUAAAACCAGAGAAAGAAUGAGACAGGAACAAAUCAUUUACGGAGAUUCCAUCUCUUAUAGACAUAUGUGCAGAUAUGAAUCUGGAUUUUUCUUUAGACAUCCAUUAAUGGAACAAUUUGACUAUUACUGGAGAGUUGAGCCUGGUAUUAAGAUCUACUGUGACAUUGACUAUGAUAUCUUCAAGUAUAUGCAAGACAAUGAUUACGAAUACUCAUAUACCAUUUCCUUGCCGGAAUAUCCUGCUACUAUCCCAACCUUAUGGGAAACUACUAAACAAUUCUUGAAGGAGUACCCUGGCUACUUACACAAGAAUAACUUUAUGGAUUGGAUUUCUGACGACGGUGGUGUCAGCUAUAAUGGCUGCCAUUUCUGGUCUAACUUUGAAAUCGGAAAGCUGGAUUUCUGGAGAAGCGAAGCGUACCUCGCCUACUUUGACUAUUUAGAUCAAGCAGGUGGGUUCUUCUAUGAGAGAUGGGGAGAUGCGCCUAUCCAUUCGAUUGCAGUUGCUCUCUUUAUGGACAAGGAGAAGAUCCAUUUCUUUGACGACUUAGGAUACUACCAUGUUCCUUUCUCGAAUUGUCCAGUCAAUGAGAAAACUAGACUUGAAAAGAAAUGUGCUUGUAAUCCAAAUGAUGACGUCACUUUCAAGAACUACUUCUGCAAUAACAGAUACUACAAAUUGAAAGGUCUCAAGAAACCAGAAGGUUGGGAAAAAUACGGUGAUUGA